AUGGAGGGACACCGGGGGACACGGAGGGACACCGGGGGACACGGAGGGACACCAGCUGCCACCCGCCUGCGCCCCGGGCGGGGGAGGGAGGGGGAGCCGCGGGCCCCCAGCCCCCUCCCCGGUUUGCCCUGUUUCCUGCCCGGGAUCGGCGCCUCCCCCGCCGCUGGGUUUGCCCCUCUCAAAUCGCACCGUCUGCGCUUUGUCCUCCCCCAGAUCCUCGGGGGGAUCCGUUCGUGGGACAUCGACCUGACCUCCUGCAACCUGGAUGAGCAGCUGAAGCUCUUCGUGUCUCGACACUCAGCCACCUUCUCCAGCAUUGUGAAAGGUCAGCGGACCCUCCACCACCGUGGGGAUGUGCUGGAGACCCUGGUGCUGCUCAACCCUUCGGACAAAUCGCUGUGUGACGAGCUGCGGAACCUCAUCACGGACGUGUCCCAGCACAAGCUGCUGGUGUUUGCGGGGCCGUGCGUGGAGGACACCGGGGAGCUGAUGCUGCAGACCGGCUGCUUCUCGCUGCGGGAUUUCAUCCAGAUCUUCACCGAUAAGGAGGUGGGGGAGAUCCUGAGCUCUGCAGACCCCUCGGCCAAGGCCAGGCUGACCAUCAGCUGCCCCGAUUUCGGGGAGUGGAGGGACUCGGGCUUGGAGCACCACAACCUGCAGGACUUCAUCGAGCUGCGCUACAACCCCGGCUGCGUCCUGCCCGAGAUGGAGGGGCUGGAGGAGUUCAUGGAGUACCUGUCCGAGUCCCUGGAGCCCCAGUCCCCCUUCGACCUGCUGGAGCCCCCCACCAUGGUGGGAUUCCUGAAGCUCUCCAAGCCUUGCUGCUACAUCUUCCCGGGAGGGAGAGGAGACUCGGCUUUCUUCGCCGUCAACGGCUUCAACGUGCUGGUGAACGGCGGCUCCAACCCCAAAUCGUCCUUCUGGAAGCUGGUGAGGCACCUGGACCGCAUCGACUCCAUCCUGGUGACGCACGCGGGCACCGACAGCCUGCCCGGCAUCAACAGCCUGCUGCAGAGGAAGCUGGCCGAGCAGGAGGAGGAGCAGAGCUCGCAGGGCAGCGGCGACUGGGCCAAGAACCUCAUCUCGCCCGAGCUGGGCGUCGUCUUCCUCAACGCCUGCGAGCGGCUGAAGGACAUCGAGGGCGACUCGCGGGUGCUGAAGAGCUGCGACGAGGCGGCGCUGACCCUGCACUACCUGGACAAGCUGGGCAUCCGGCCCAACCUGCUGGCCCGCGACGGCGGCGCCCGCGCCGAGCCCACCGUGCUCUUCCAGAAGAUGGGCGUGGGCAGGCUGGACAUGUACGUGUUGAACCCCGUGAAGGGCAGCAAGGAGCUGGAGUUCCUGCUGCAGCAGUGGGCGGGGAACGGGUUCCCCAGGGAGCAGGAGGCGCCGCUGCAGUGCCUGACGUCGGUGUGCGUGCUGCUGGUGUGGCACCCCGUGAGCCGCUCCGAGAAGAUCAUCCGCGUGCUGUUCCCCGGCUGCACGCCCCAGGCUCGCAUCCUGGAAGGGCUGGAGAAGGUGAAGCACCUGGAGUUCCUCAAGCAGCCCGUGGUCACCAAGAACGACCUGAAGGGGACGGCGCAGGCGGAGAAGGCGCCCAAGCAGAGGAGGGCGGAGAGCAAGGAGAGCCUCAAGUCGGGCUCCAAGCUGAGCUUGGUGGAGGCUGCGGCGGCGCCGGCGCCCAAGGAGAAGGCUGCGAAGGUGGAGAGGAAGGAGGUGAAAGCUGGGAACAAGGAGAAGCCAAAACCCCUGGGGGACGCAGCCAGGGCGGGGUCAGAAGAGGAGAAAGCCAAGGACGGCCGAGCCAAGCCGGACUCGGCGGCCGAGAAGGCGAAGGGGGACGCGAAGCCGAAGGCGAACAAGGAAAAGGCGGCGCCCAAGAAGGAGCUGAUUGCCAGGAAGGAGGAGAAGAAGCCGCCAAAGAAGGAGGAGGGGGCCGAGGCCAAGGCGGAGGCCAAGAAGGAGGUGAAGGUGGUGAAGAAGGAGGCGAAGGCCGAGACGCUGCGCAAGGACUCCAAGGACUCCAAGGCAGAGGCCAAAGCUCCGGCCAAGGCUCCGGCCCGGAAAACGCCGCUCCCGGAGAGCCGCAAACCCCCGGCCAAGGCCGGCAGCAUCAAGAAAUCCACGCUCAAGAAAGAGCCAGAGAAACCCAAGGCUAAAAGCAGCCGGAAGGAGCCGGGCGCCUCGGACGGCUCCAAGUCCUCCUCCCCCGAGGAGAUGCUGCCGGAGGCCGAGAGGAGGAGGAAGGAGGAAUCCACGGACGAAGGCAUCGCCACGGCCGACAGCGAGCUGGAGCCUUCAUCGCUGGAGAACGGGGGGAGCCGGCGCCCGGGGGAUCCGUCCUGCCUGGAGAACGGGCUGGUGGAGGAGGCCGAGAGCCCCCAGCGGCUGCGCUGCGCCGAGAGCAGCCCCCUGCGCGCCGUGUGCCCCCCGUCCCCCGUGGCCAGGACCCCCAAGAGCGACCGCAGCGUCAACUUCGACCUGACGCCCACCGGGCUGCUCAACCACGGUGCUGAGGAUCCCUGCGGCAGCUCCGAGGAGAAAACGCUGGAGAUGAUGUCCCCGGCCAGCUCGGGGCCGGCCAGCGCCGGCCACACGCCCUUCCACCAGUCGCCGGUGGAGGACGGCGCGGAGGAGGCGGGCGCCGGGGGUGACAGAGUGUCCUGGGUGUCCUUCAUGGUGUUCAGGGGGGGGGUCACCCUGAUCCCCACCUUCGACUCGCUGGUGAUGCACGAGUGGUACCAGGAGACGCACGAGCGGCAGCAGGAGCUGGGCAUCACCCUGCAGACGCUGAUGCCGGUGCUGCCGGUGGUCCCGGGGAAAAGGGGCUGGGGGUCCCUCGGGGUUUGGGCUCUGAGGGUGGGUGGGGUCCCCUGGCAGGGCGAGAAGAACCACGGCUUCGACGUGCUCUACCACAACAUGAAGCACGGGCAGAUCUCCACCAAGGAGCUGGCUGACUUCGUCCGGGAGAGGGCCGCCAUCGAGGAGAACUACGCCAAGGCCAUGGUGAAGCUGUCGAAGAUGGCCACCAACGGGACCCAGCUGGGGACUUUCGCUCCUCUGUGGGAGGUUUUCCGCAUCUCCUCGGACAAGCUGGCCCUGUGCCACCUGGAGCUGAUGAAGAAGCUGCACGACCUCAUCAAGGAGAUCUCGCGCUACGGCGAGGAGCAGGGCCGGGUGCACAAGAAGUCCAAGGAGGAGGUGGCAGGGACGCUGGAGGCCGUGCAGCUGCUGCACGGGGUGGCCCAGCUGCUGCCCAAGUCCAAGGAGAGCUACCACAGCAAGUGCCAGGAGUACGAGCGGCUGCGCAAGGAGGGCACCAGCCAGAAGGAGAUCGACAAGGUGGCACCCCCAGUGUCCCUGUCCCCACCCUCAGUGGUCCCCUGUGUCCCCCUGGGCGUCCCUGGGGGUGUCCCCCCCCUUCCUGACCCCCGUUUUCCCCACCUCCAGCGCUUCCAGGAGGUGGAGGAAGCCCACCUGCGGCACAUGAAGGGGCUCAUCGGCUCCUACUCCCACUCUGUGGAGGACACCCACGUCCAGAUCGGCCAGGUCCACGAGGAGUUCAAGCAGAACGUGGAGAACAUCGGCACGGAGAUGCUGCUGCGGAGGUUUGCCGAGAGCAAGGGCACGGGCAGAGAGCGGCCAGGAGCGCUGGAUUUCGACGAGUACCGGCUGGCUCCGGCGCAGGAAGGAGCCAAGCGGAGCCGCAGCAAAGCGUUCCGGAUCCCGGGGCUGAGCCGCAGGGAGCGCGAGCGUGGUGCUGUGGAAUCUCCGGAUAACGACCUGGGGGAUUCCAGCCGGGAAUUCCUGUGGGUCCCCAACCGGGAAUUUUUUGUGGGAUCCAAGGAGAAUUCCAGCCAGGAACUGCCUUGA